AUGGCCCCCCGAGCGGCCCUCUUCUGGCUGCCACUAGUCGGCCUGCUUCCCUGGCAGCCAUGCGGCGGCUUGGUGCUGCACCCGCCCCACAAGCAUAAGAAGGUGAAGACUGAUGCCGCGCACCAGCCGUCGGGGAAGCCGCUGCGGCAGCCAAUCAGCAAGAUCUUCUACGUCAACAUGCCCCAAAGCACCGAGCGGCGCGAGGCGAUGGAGAAGGCGCUGUCCAGCAACUCGGACGGCGUGCCUUACGAGAGGUUCGAGGCAGUUACAGGGGUGCAGGCGCUUACCGAGUCGCCGUACAUCGACAUUAUCAAAACACAGAACACAUCUGCAGCCUUCCUCACUCCUAACAUGACUGUUCGUUUCGCAGGCAGCAUGGGGUGUUACAUGUCGCAUCGCUUCUUGCUGGAGAAGAUCAGCAAGUUGCCCGGUGACGAGGAUGCCAUCUACCUUGUGGUCGAAGACGACAUUGAUGUCAAGAAGGGAUGGAAGAAACGCCUGGCAUCACUCUGGCCUAAAAUACCGGCCGGUUGGGACCUUCUUAAGCUCGGGUAUGUAGGCACGGAGUGGCCUUGCGACGAAAUCGCAAAAGGGGUUUACAUUGCGAAGCUGGCAGGCGGUGCCAGCCGCAGCUUCGGUUGUUACCGGCAUUACCUUGGCACACAAACCUACGCAGUGACGAAGCGGAGCGCAGCCAGGAUUCUGCAGAUCUUGUACAACACGGAUGUACGGGACAUUGACACAAUCCUUUGCACGGGCCACCAGUGCGCCCGCCGCAUCCCAGGAAAGAAGACCCCAAACGUGUACACUCUCUUCGACAUGAAGCCACACUUCUGGACCUCACGGCCGACGCGCAGAAGAACAGCACCAUCGGCCAUGUCCACUGGAUGGGCACCAGCGCGGAGUGCUACGACUCGCUGGCCGGCAGGAACUGCCCGACGCUGA